AUGGAAAAAAUAAAAGUAUUAGAACUUUAUAGUGGAAUUGGAGGUUUACACUUCAGUUUAUUACAAGCUCUAAUAAAUUAUGUUGAUAAUUCGGGUGAAGACUGUAAUAGGGGAAGGGAAGUUGUACAAAUAAAUGAUAUAAAAGACAUAUUUCAUUUUAUUUCGUUAGAUAUUAGUCCAAUUGCAAACCAAACCUACUAUCACAAUUUUAAGGACAGCUCUAUCUAUUUAACAAGUAAAAAAGACAUUAAUAAAUUUUUAAAAAAUGUAAAAAGUAAAAGUAUCAAUAAAAUGUACAAAAAAGCAGGAGAUUCUUUUAUUUCAUAUGAGGAAAAUAAAGAUACUAACAAUGCAAAUAAUUCUGGAGAAAGAGACCAUUUAAGUGCAAAUUACAUCAUUCAAACGGAUAUAAAUAAUCUGAGUGCUCCAUUUUUUGAGUAUCACAAAUUUACAUUUUUAUUAAUAUCUAAUCCAUGCCAACCAUAUACAAGACAAAAUAAAAAAUGUAAGGAAAUUAAUUUAAAAGAAUUAUGUCAUAAAUAUAAUUCCACAAAAGGGGAAUGCCCAAAUGUAGAAAAACAAAAAAAUAAAAAUAAUAAUGAAAAUAAAAAGAGCCACACAAAUGAACAUGAAAAGGGCCAUACAAAUGAACAUGAAAAGGGCCAUACAAAUGAACAUGAAAAUGACCAUGAAAAUACUUUCAUUCCUGGUGAUACUAUAGAUAAUAAUGAAAUGUCAAAAUUUUGUGAGAGUCUUACACGUAAUGACAAAUGUAGCUGUAAGGACAAUAUAGAUAUAGCCGCUGUUAAUAAUAACCCAUACAGUCACACUAAAUUUGUUAGCAAUAAAAUUAAUUAUGACCAUACUGAUGACACAUAUAAGAAUUAUAUGUCUUACGAAAAAGCAGUAACUAGAGGGGAAAAUUUUAAUAUCAACGAGUUAAAUAUAAAUAUAGUAGAUUAUUUAGAUAUUGAAAAGGAUAAAAGAACACAUAGUUUUAUUCAUAUUUGCAAUUUAUUAAAAGAUAUAAAUGUCGAAAAUUUACCGGAAUAUAUAUUUAUUGAGAAUGUUAAAAACUUUGAAAUAUCUUACUCUUUUUUAUAUUUUAUAAAUUCAAUUAAAAGAAAUUAUUUUUUCCAGACAUAUCUUCUUUCACCGUUACAGUUUGGAAUACCAAAUGAACGACUUCGUUUCUAUUGUAUAUGUAAAAAAAAACCUAAUUUAAAUAAACAAACACCAAACAAAACAUUUGAAAAUAGUAUAAGUGCAUUAUUAUAUAGCAAUUCAUUAAUACCAAAAAAUUAUAUUUCUUUUAAGAAUAUGGAAAACUUAAGGAAAAAUGAAAAAAAGGGUAUUUUUUAUACACCCAGUUUGAUGACUUUUAUAGACACAAAUGAUAAAUUUCCUCUAAUUUGUAAUAAAUCAAAAGACAUAAAUAUGUUUAAUAAACAUUUAAAUGAAUUUCAAAUAAAGAAGGAUAUUUUUCAUAAAUUCUCAUCCUAUUGCUUUGAUAUUAUUGAUAUUAACAAAAAUGGAAAUAUUUGCUGCUUUAAUUCGUAUGAAUAUUAUACUGAAAAAAAUGAAUUGAUAAAAAGUAUCGCCAUUGACAAUAAUAAGAAAGAGGAAAUAAAUUCGAAAAAAUUACAUGCCAUGUGUUUUACAUCCAAUUAUGGAAGGUACAUAAAUGGGUCAGGUUCUAUAUUAUAUAUUUCAAGGAAUAAAGAAAAACAAGACAUAAAAAAAUCAUUUUCCUCAAAUAUUCGAAUUAGUAAUCUAUCGAAGGAAAAUUAUUCCAGUGGGAUAUCUGAUCAAAACGUCACUUAUACUGAUGACGAAGUGAGGGGAAAAAAAAAAAACAAAAAAAAGGAGAUGAAAAAAUAUGAAAACAAAGUCCGGUAUUUUACACCUACAGAAAUAAGUAGAUUAAUGGGAUAUAAAAUGCAUACAAACGAAAAUAACUUAAAAGAAAAUGGGUUGGAUAAAAAGAAAAAAAACACGUACGGAAAUAUAUAUUGGAAUCUUGAUCAUGUUAAUCAUAAAUGUUCUUACACCAUUAAUGUUCAUUAUUGUGAUGUAUGUAAUAUUAGUUCAUGUUUAUUAAAUUCGGGUCUCCAUUUAACCGUGCAAACGUGCACAAAUGGUGAACAAAGUACAUAUCAGAGAGUUGACCAAGACGACAAGAAAGAAGAGAGGGAUACCAAAAGAGAAAAGAAAAUAUGCAUGUGUCAUCAUUUUGAAUUUCCUGAAUUUUUAACAAAUAGACAAAGGUAUAAAUUAAUUGGAAAUUCUGUUAAUGUCACUGUGAUAUCAUUAAUUUUUCAAAUGCAUAAUAUUUUCGAGCAUAUUUUAUAA